AUGCUUGCCAUGAACGUUUAUUACGAAGAUUUUUUCAAUUGGAAUUCCUAUGCGAAUCUCAAAAUAUGUAAUUUAGAAUACCAGUCUUCGAAAUUUCGCGUACAAGGCGAAAUUGUAAACAUUUCGAGAAUGGACACGAAGCAACGAAACCUUCAAUACCAGCUGAAAGUCAUGGACGAAACGGGUGUCUUAAAGAUUAAAUACAACUUAAAAUCCUCUUCUCCGUGUUAUAAAACUUUGCAGCAAUUAAAAUUAGGAAAUGUUGUUCAGGUGUACAGCAACGUCGUAACGCGUCGAACAUCUUUGAAUGAAUGGCGUCUUUCUUUAUGUGCAGAGGAUGCUGAAAGUAAAAUUGAAAUUAUUUCUAUAGUCAAUCUAAAAAAAGAGUUUCUCUUUCUGGACCUUUCGAAUGUAUCUCCUCUUCGUUUACUAAAAGAUAUGCAGACGGCUACAGCAGUUCAAGCUCUUGUUGUUCUUCAGUGGAAGCAUGAUGUUGAACACUAUCAAUGUGGAGUAGGAAUGAAAAGAGUAAAAAGGCUAAUUGAGUUUUACACGAUGAGCCAUCAAUAUGUGCAAGCGAAAAAUGGAACGCGCAGACAGGUAAAAAUACUGUAUAUUACGCAUGCAAAUGUGUUUGCCGAUGAACAUGGUCUCCCUGAAUUAAACAUUGAAGAUGCCGAAGUCCAAGUCCGUUGCUUGAUUCAGGAUAAAAGAAUUCAAGAAUUUUCCUGUUCAAUUUCUAAGAAAUUUAGUAUAUUACUACAAGAUGCUGGUAAGCAAUGGACGCUGAAGGCACUUGAAGAGCAAACAGUUUCAUCGGGUCUUCAAGUCGUUGGAGUCGUAAAUGUUAUAAUUGUGAAAAGUAAAAUGAAAAAACUUUUAAAUUCAAAAAGUCUUCUUAUACAGGACGAAGCUGGAAUUAAUAAGUUUAAUAAUUUUGUUGAAACCAUUAUUGAUGAAAGCGGUUGCUUAGAACAUCCCAAGUUUCAUUCAAAUCUUUUGGAAUUCCUUUUGGGCUACUCUCCAGAAGAAGUGAAUGAAAUGAACGAAUCUGAAAUCUGUCAACUAGAAGAAAUAUUUUUAUACCGUCGUUUUAAACUCAUAGCUCGAGCGUGCGGCGACAAAGUUGAAUUUUUUGAAUCUAAGAGCCUUCAAACAGAAUAUGAUGAUAAUGGACGGUUCAUUAAUUGGAUCGUCUAGUGUUGUACUAUAUGUCAGUUAAUAAAAUCAAAUUAUG